CUCAAGGGGCAAAGCCACCCACGCUCCAAGCUCGGUCGCCUCUCCGGAGCAUCUGGUCGCCCCCUUCCCUCUCCCCCUUAGCCAAGAGCCGUCUGUCGCAGGUCCUCCUCCCCCUCUUCGUUUCCCCUCCUCCCGGUGGCAGAACCGGCCCCGCUGACUCGCUCCCGCCGCAGGGGGCAGCUCUCCUUCUCCUCCUCCUCUCGCCCUCGAGCGCGCCAGGCGCAGCCGGAGCCCAAGCACCGCAAAGGGGAGCAGAGGCCGCCCGAUGGUGCUGCGGGGCGGCGGCGACGGCGGAGGGAGUGCCAGGCGCCUUCCGCUGCUCGUGCUGUGGCCGCCGUCGCCGCCGCGCCUGCUGCGCCUCUGGCUGGUGCUGUUGCUGCUGCUGGCGGCCCUCGGGCAUGCGUGGACCUACCGCGAGGAGCCGGAGGAGAGCGACAGGGAGGUUUGCUCCGAGAGCAAAGUCGCCACCACUAAAUACUCGUGCCUGAAGCCCAGCGGAGAGCUCACCACCUGCUACAGGAAAAAGUGCUGUAAGGGUUAUAAGUUUGUUCUUGGACAAUGCAUUCCUGAAGAGUAUGAUGUCUGUGCAGAUGCUCCUUGUGAACAACAGUGCACAGACAACUUCGGACGAGUCUUAUGUACAUGUUACACUGGUUACCGGUAUGAUCGUGAAAGGCACAGGAACAGAGAGAAACCCUAUUGCUUAGAUAUAGAUGAGUGUGCCACAAGCAGCGAGCCUCUUUGCCCCCACAUCUGUGUCAACACCAUCGGCAGUUAUCGAUGCGAAUGUCAUGAAGGCUACAUACGUGAAGAUGAUGGGAAGACGUGCACCAAAGGAGAUAAAGCAGGGUUUUCUGAGAAGACUGACAAUGUGGUGAAACCAGGGGCGUGCUGUACCUCCUGCAAAGAGUUCUAUCAAAUCAAACAGACGGUGUUGCAACUGAAACAAAAGGUUGCUUUGUUACCAAAUAAUGCUGCUGACCUUAGCAAACCAAUCACAGGGGAAAAAGUACUUGCAUCCAAUGCAUUUAUACCAGGUCCUCCUGGACAGCCAGGUGAUCGGGGUCCUCCAGGUGCCACAGGUCCACAAGGGAGUCCUGGAUCUCUCGGCCCUCCAGGUCUGCCAGGCCCCAGAGGAGCAAUGGGGCCUAUGGGGCCAUCUCCAGACUUGUCCCAUAUUAAGCAGGGCAGAAGGGGCCCUGUGGGUCCUCCGGGGGCACCAGGAAGAGAUGGAGCAAAGGGCGAUAGAGGUGCACCAGGAGAAAAGGGACCACCUGGGCCACCAGGUUCUUUUGACUUCUUGUUGCUGAUGAUGGCAGACAUCAGGAAUGACAUUGCUGAGCUGCAGGAGCGGGUGUUUGGCCACAGGACUCAUUCAUCAACAGAAGAGUUUCCAUUACCUCAGGAAUUUACAAAUUAUCAGGACAUAGCGGAUCUGGGAUCCGGAGAAGAGUACAAAGAAAGAACUGCAACAAAAGAUUCCAGAACUCACAGAGAAGGCAACCAUUAAAUAGAGCUUGUGACUUGGAAAGAGUUGAAACUUUGUAGGAUAGUGGUCCACAAGUCACUUAAGCCAGCAUACUUGUGCAUAUCCAUCUUAGCCCCAUGGAAAUCAACAGGCCAGUUUAUACAUUUUCAGUGGAAUUACCACAUUCCCUUACUUAAAGCACUGUGGGCAGGAUCAAAUUAAGAGCCAAACCAGAUGAUCAGCUCUCAGUGUGAAGUAUCUAUUGCUAGAAUGUACCAGUUCAGACUGUUGGUCGAGAAUUGCACACUUCAGUGUUCCCCAUACAAAAACAAGAUCAGUUUGUAUGUACAAAACUUUUAUGUUAGAAAGAAGGGUUCCUGAUACACUCUUCCUUGACAUUCUAGCUUUUGUGUACAUGGAGUUGUUUGUUUUUAACAUGAGUAGCAUUCAAAUAUUUGAUCUCCUGGUUGCUACCUGAAGUGCUACAGACCAGUGGUUAGUCAUGAUGACUAUAUAGUACAUUCAGUAUCAGGCAGUAUGUUUUUAAAUACUAAUUGCUAGGAAGCAUGAAUGGGAGAGUGCCAUUGCACUCAUGCCCUGCUUGCGGGCUUCCCAUGGGCAUCUGGUUGGCCACUGUGGGGAUGAAAUGCUGCCCUAGAUAGGUUUUGGUCUGAUCCAGCAACCUUUUUAUGCAAAUAAUACCAGCACUAAAGCAUGCUCUUAGUCAUCAUUUGGCUGUGACCCAAGAUUUCUAGAUCUUAUUCUCACACCUAGAGAAAAGAUUUUGUAAAUAUAGUCAAGUCAAGUAUCUUUAUUACGGUCAAAGACCAGCCAAACUUGGUAUUUGUAAAUAUAGCUACAGUAUGAACACCCACCUACACAGCCUCCUUCCUGUCCAUUUUCUUUUCCAUUGUGGACAGUUUGCUGGUUGACCAUGAUGGAUGUAUAUUCUGAACCUUUCUAUAUCUCAGAGCAGCUACUGCAUUUGGAAUUUUAAAUUGUAGACAAUUUUAAAGGAGCUCGUUUUGAAUAGUGCGUUGGAGAUACUCUGCUCCUUGAGAAACUCCCAGAUAAUUCUGCCAAGCCAUUGACCUCCAUUUGCUUGUCACCUAACUCCCUGACAUUACAUAAUUAUGCUGGUGGGAGUGGAAGGUGUGUAGUUGUACACUGUGGAGCUGAAAAUCAUUGUAUGCCUUCUCAACUUCACCAUGCCCAUUCCAAGGUUACAGGGUAUGCAGUGCAGGGACUUUCGGCAUUCAUGCAGUGGUCUAAUAUUAGCAAAGAUGGGAAAAUCCUACAUCUGUAACAGCAGGUUCUCUGAAACAGACGAGAGUGCUCCAGGACCACUAGGAUAACUUUCUAUAACCAAGUGGCCUGUAAGCUGGGUUACGUACUAGUACUGUGGCUUAAAUGGUUUAUAGACUGCAUUGUUUAAAAGAGUUGUAAAAUAUUUUUUAAAAUGCACUGAUAAUGUAUGAAAUUAUAUGUUUUAUUGUCCAAA